CAUCGUUGCAUGAAGUGCACGGUUGGAUCUUCGACGAAAUAUCAAAGUUUCACGAUGGCGCCGAUGUAAGGAGGCGUCUCGGUUGGAAAUACUAUUCGAAGGUGGAGCUUCGAGAAUGGACCCGAAAACCGAUUCGACGAUCCUCGAUGGCACCGUCAGCCGUUCGAUCGAGAUCGGUCUUCGCGUGAUAGGCGUUUGGCCCGAUUCGUCCUGCACGGUCCUUCGUCGCGCCUUCUGGAUGAUCACCCUGACGAUGGCGCAGACUUUUCAGUAUCGAUAUUUCGUCAUACACGUCCGCACGGACGACCUGUCGCAUCUGAUGGAUGGCCUCAGCACUACGAUGUCCUAUAGCCUCCUACUAUUAAAACUUAUGAUAUUUUGGGUCAACCGACGGAUAUUCUACGACAUCCUGGCAAUGAUGGCCCGCGACCGGAGCGAGCGUGUGGCCGAGUGGGCCGCCUGCUCGAUGUCGAGGACGACUGAUGUGUCGCAUCGGUCCUCCAACCUGAUCAUCGGUCUCUAUUCGAUGUCAGUGUUUCUUUACGGCACCGGCGUACUCGUCGCUCACCCCGACGAGUCCGACGAACAGCUCGCGGUGCCGGCGCGAGAGCUGUUUCUCAAAAUGGAGCUACCCUUCGAAUACAAUGUCUCCCCUGCGUACGAGCUCGUUAUGAUCACGCAAUUUUUCCACCAGCUCGCGGCAGCUACGAUAGUCGGCGUACUUAACGCUCUAAUUGUCUCGCUGAUCCUUCACGUAGGUGGGCAAAUCGAUAUAAUGUGCCGAGGGUUGGUGGAAAUCUCCUCAGGUGACGACACGUUGGACUUACGGACCUCGACCAUCAAAGCUCUAAUACGUCGACAUCAGAGAAUUAUCGCCCUUUCGGCUGACAUCGAGACUCUCUUCUCAUACAUAGCUCUGAUGCAGUUCAUGUGGAACACUUUGGUCAUCUGCUGCCUUGGAUUUCUAAUCGUGACUGCGAUCGGCGACGCGCAAGGAUCGACGAUGUUGAUUAAAUCUCUCUUUUUUUACGCUGUUAUCACUUUGGAGGCCUUCAUAUUUUGUUACGCUGGAGAAUAUCUCAGCGCCAAGGGCAGAAUGAUCGGUGACGCAGCGUACGAAGCGAAGUGGUACAACUCGAAUCCCAGGCAGAGUCGUAUUUUAUUAUUGCUGAUUUUGAGAUCGCAAAGAAAGUUAACUAUUACAAUCGGAAAAUUUAUGGAUCUCUCUCUAGAACGUUUCACAACAGUAAGAUGUGCUUUCAGAACGUUUUGCUCUCUAAAAGUCAAUCCGUGGAUUAUCACUGAAAACAGUAGAGUGCCUGUGUCUGUCAUGGACUCCUUACAAUAUCAACACGUGAUCGUGCACUUUGGCGAGGAGGAUCUGACGAUUCUCAUGGAUGCACUAAGUGUAACUUUCGCUUACACCCUUCUGCUUAUUAAAAUGCUUAUUUUCGCAUUCAAUGACCGUCUGCUGAAUGAAAUCAUGACAUGUAUGAGCAAGGACUGGAAGGAAUGCGAUAUUUCGGGCGAGUACACGAUGACCAGAAUAGCUUACGUCUCUCGUUGGGUCUCCAACGUUAUAAUCUUCUCGCACAUGAUGUCCGUAUUCCUCUACGCGAUAGGCACAUUAAUGAAGAUCAAAAACGAAAAUCAAACCGACAAUCGCGAGCUCAUCAUCAAGAUGGAGAUACCCUUCGAAAUUGAAAGCACCUCAGUACACGUAGCUGUCCUCGUUACGCAAUUCAUUCAUCAGACGAGUGCGGCCGGUAUGGUGGGCGUGUUGAACUCUUUGCUGAUAAUAUUGGUUCUUCACGUGUGUGGACAGAUUGAUAUAAUGAGACAAAAAUUGAGCGAAAUUUCACAGAAGGCCAUCAGGCGGAAGCAUACCGAGCAGGAUGUAAACGAGGACGUCGUGAAAACGCUGAUCGUCCGGCAUCAGGAGAUUAUCACUUUCUCCAAGAACAUCGAGGCUCUUUAUUCAAAUAUCGCACUAAUACAAUUUGUAUCGAACACUCUGGUUAUCUGUUGUUUGGGAUUUCUUAUCGUGAUCUCUAUCGGUGUGCCGGGUGGCUCGAUGAUGUUAGUGAAAUCCGUGUUCUUUUACAUUGUUAUGAGCCUAGAGGCAUUUAUAUAUUGCUUUGUCGGAGAACAUCUCAGUACAAAAGGCGAAUUGAUCGGCGACGCGGCGUACGAAUCGCUUUGGUACGAACUUAACCCGAGUCAAAAUCGAGACAUCCAUAUUAUAAUCGUAAGGUCCCAAAAGCACUUGACGCUUACAAUAGGAAAAGUCGUGGAACUCUCUUUGAGACAAUUCGCUAACACGGAGAAGAAAGGAGAGAAUUGGUUAGAGUUAGUGAUAAACCGUACUGGUAAUCGUGCUGAAAAAAUUCAAACUUAUUCGGAAUCAAUGAAUAACGAGAAAAAAUCAGCGAAUACUGUAUGCCGCUCCGUGGAGUUCGGUCUUCGCGUGAUCGGUGUAUGGCCGGGUACGUCCUACGCAAUUUUGUGCAGAGUCUGCAGCAUAUUUUCGAUGGCGCUGUUUCAGACCUUUCAAUAUCGAUACUUGAUCAUGCACUUCGAAGAGAGCAACAUUUUUCUCUUAAUGGACGUGAUAAGUGCAACACUGGUUUAUAGUCUUCUGUUUAUCAAAUUAAUUAUUAUCGUACUCAAUGUUCGUCUGCUGAACGAUAUCAUAGCACACGUGGUCGAGGAUUGGAAGGAGUGCGAUGUUUCGGACGAAUACACGAUGAAUAGAAUGGCUUACAUCUCUCGUUGGUUCUCCAAUUUGAUAAUCGGUUCGCACGCAAUGUCGGUAUUCUUCUAUGCGGUCGGCACAUUGUUAAGACACAAUAGCAGCAAUCAAACCGAUGCUCGAGAGCUUCUUCUUAAGAUGGAAUUACCAUUCAAAAUCGAAAGCACAACAAUAUAUCUUACCAUUCUCGUUACGCAGUUCGUUCAUCAAGUAAGCGCGGCCAGUAUGGUGGCUGUGGUAAAUUGCUUACUGCUAUCGCUGGUUCUCCAUGUGUGUGGGCAGAUUGAUAUAAUGCGGCAAAAGCUGAGUGAAAUCACGCGAAAGAACAUCCAGCAAGGUGUAAACAAAAAUAUUGCAAAAAUGCUAAUCGUUCGGCAUCAGAAGAUCAUCACCUUCUCCAAGAAUAUCGAGACUCUCUUCUCGAAUAUAGCAUUAAUACAAUUUGUGUCGAACACUUUGGUCCUCUGUUGUCUAGGAUUUGUUAUUGUGAUCUCCAUUGGUGUCCCAGGCGGAUUGCCUAUGCUAGUAAAGUCCGUGUUCUUUUACAUUCUAGUCAAUGUGGAGGCAUUUGUAUUUUGCUUCCUAGGAGAAUAUCUUAGUACGAAAAGUAAGACGAUCGGUGACGCGGCUUACGAAGCGCUUUGGUACGAAUUGAAUCCGAUUCAGAAUCGGGAUAUCCUUUUUAUAAUUGUAAGAUCACAGAAGUACUUGACACUCACGAUCGGAAAAGUCGCGAAUCUAUCGCUAAUACAAUUUACCAACAUCGUGAAAGCCUCGGCGUCAUACAUGUCGGUGUUACACGCGAUGUAUUGAAGCCUAAACAUACUUUAUGCUCCGCUUAUAUCUUCGCGUGCAGAAGGAUAUAGUACAGCCUUUUACUACAGCCAGCCGGUUACGUGAUUAGCAAUUUUCCUAUUCAGAGACUCGAUGGGGAGUAGACGAGUACGGAUAUGGUUUAUUAAAGUAUUGAUUUGUAAUAAACAAUGUGAAGUUGAUCUUCUCAGAUGUACUUUUCCAAGGCCGACGAAAACAAAAUAAAGGCAUUUCAUUAAA